AUGCCAUUGUCAGAUUCACAAGUGUUGUUGUUGCAGGCGAUUGUGUUGUUCAUCUUGUUCUGGAUUUGGUUAUCUGUGAUGGGAGGAAGCAGCUCAAAAGACUCUACCAGAGGCGGAGGAAGCGGCCGGAGGUAUACUCGCAGCCCCUCCGCGAGCUCCUCUGCUUCUUCUUGGGGGCAGUACGGAGACCAGAACAGCUCUUACCACACGCCAAACCAUCCAUCUGCGAGCCCUGCGCCUUCCUACAACUCUGGAUUGCAAACUCAAAAGAUUCUUGAGAGGAAGUAUUCACGGAUUGCUGAUAACUACCGCUCCAUUGAUGAGGUUACUGCUGCUCUUUCACACGCUGGUUUGGAGUCUUCUAAUUUGAUUGUUGGUAUUGAUGUCACAAAGAGCAAUGAGUGGACAGGGGCGAGAUCAUUUGGUAGGAAGAGUCUACAUUACAUUGGAGCAGCUCCAAACCCUUACCAGCAAGCUAUUGCCAUUAUUGGAAAGACUUUAUCGGUUUUCGAUGAGGACAAUUUGAUCCCUUGCUAUGGAUUUGGAGAUGCUACAACACAUGAUCAGGAUGUUUUUAGUUUCGAUCCCAAUGAUGCAUUCUGUAACGGGUUUGAAGAAGUCCUCAUGUGUUACAGAGAUAUCGUUCCUCAGCUUCGCCUUGCAGGUCCGACAUCUUUCGCACCAAUCAUUGAAAGGGCCAUGACGAUUGUGGAAGAAAGUGGAGGCCAGUACCAUGUUCUUCUCAUAAUCGCUGAUGGACAGGUGACAAGAAGUGUUGAUACAGAGAGAGGUGGAGUCAGUCCACAAGAGCAGCAAACCAUUGACGCCAUUGUUAGAGCAAGUGAAUAUCCUUUGUCUAUAGUUCUUGUUGGUGUUGGAGAUGGUCCUUGGGACACUAUGAGACAGUUUGAUGACAACAUCCCUGCUCGUGCCUUUGACAAUUUCCAGUUCGUGAAUUUCACGGAUAUAAUGUCAAAGAACAUUGAUCCAGCAAGAAAAGAAGCAGAGUUUGCGCUUUCCGCUCUAAUGGAGAUCCCAUCUCAGUAUAAAGCCACACUCGAGCUAGGCUUACUCGGACGAAGAACUGGGAAUUCUCCAAACAAGUUUGCGCUUCCACCACCAACUUAUGCUACUCAAUCUAUGCGCAACAGUCCAAGAGCUUCUCGAGCAACCAGCUUUCAGAACAGAGCACCACAACCAUAUGAUAAUGGUGUUGCCACUGCACCAGCACCACCUUCAAAUGCUCGUAACGAGGGACAGUUUUGUUCGAUAUGUCUAGUGAGCUCAAAGAACAUGGCUUUCAAUUGUGGUCAUCAGACUUGCUCAGAAUGUGGGGAGGACCUCAACGUUUGCCCUAUCUGCCGAAGCUCAAUCUCAGUUCGUAUCAAGCUUUACUAA